AUGCGAUCCGUGCCAACUGGAACAUGGAUGCCCGCCUGUGUCCCGGAGUCUACUCCGCUUCUGUCCGUGCUGCUGCUGCUGUGCUCCAUUGUGCAGUCAACAACUGGAGGCUAUGACGGAUCUAUGCUAAACGGCCUGAACAUAUUGCCCUCGUAUACCGACUAUUUCAAGCUCACGCCAGCUACGAAAGGUCUGAAUACAGCAUCUACGUUUAUCGGUGGCUUCAUCGGGCCGAUUUUUGCUGGCGUCAUUGCCGAUCGCCUGGGUCGUCGACCAGCGAUCUUCUGGGGAACAGUGGUGACGCUCGUCGGUAUCGUUCUACAGGGCGCAGCCCAGAAUAUUGCCAUGUUUGUCAUUGCGCGCAUCAUACUCGGCGCCGGAGGCCAGAUUUCUGGCGUCGCAGGCGUCGUGUACUUGAGUGAAACAUUUCCCAGUCGCUGGAGAACCUGGGGUCUGGGUCUGCUCAACAACUGCUUCUACAUUGGAGCGCUCAUUGCCGCUGGAAUUACCCUCGGAACCAGCGAGUGGCAGUCCACGUGGGCCUGGCGAGCCCCCUCCUUCUUCCAAGCAAUCUUCUCCAUCACUUGCUUGCUUUUCCUGCCCUUUAUUCCAGAGUCACCCCGGUGGCUCGUUGGGAGGGAGCACUACGAGGAUGCCCGACUGGUCGUUGCGCUGACCAAUGCGAAUGGCAACUUGCAAGACCCAGUCGCCAUGGCCGUGUACAAGCAAAUCGUCGAUACGCUGGACUGGGAGAAGAAAGAGGGCCGCACGAUGAGUCCCAUGGAAAUCUUCAAGACUCCGACUGCGCGGAAGCGCGUGUUGAUUGGGGGGUCGGCAGGGCCAUUCUCUUGUAUCGCGGGUAACAUCAUUGCAAGCUACUACUUGGGCGAUGAGCUGAAGACGGCUGGUAUUGACAGUGCAGAUGACCAGCUCAAGGCUAACGUCGUACUCAACAUCUGGUGCCUUUUCUGCUGCCUCUUAGGUACUCAACUGGCAGAUACUUGGGGUCGCAAGCCCACCGCGUUACUUUCGCAGUCCUUGCUCAUCGUUUGUCUUUUCAUCAUUGGAGGAUUAUCCAAAAUGUACGCCGACGACAAGAGCGGCGCCUCGCAAGGCCUUGUAUACGGCGACGUCGCAGUCAUGUUCCUUUUCCAGGGCUUCUACUCCAUCGCCUGGACACCACUUCUGACGCUUUACCCGCCCGAGGUCAUGGCCUUUCCUACUCGAGCUAACGGAAAUGCCCUUUCCAGUUUUGCGCUGAAUGGCUUGGCCCUCAAGUUUGAACGCAAGUUUGAAGUAGCAACAGCGGCGGCUUUAUACCUGUCCCAGUUUAGUCCUUGCAUGUGCCGCCCAGGACUAUUGCUUGUUUUCGUCAUGCCCAUCGGCCUCGACAACAUCGGAUGGAAAAUGUACAUGAUCAACGGUUCUUGGGACAUUAUAACGCUCAUCUUGAUUGCCGUAUACUGGGUCGAGACCAAAGGGAAAACACUGGAAGAGAUUGACGCCCUCUUCGAAGGUGGCGCGCAUUCUACUGUCCGUAAUGUGGAAGAUGUCCGCAAGGGACGAGAGGUAUUGGAUGUCGACAAGAUUGAAAAAGACUUGUACGGAGAGGUCGAAUUGACAAAGUUCAAUUAG